CAAAUCCACUUCAUCUUUAUCCGCGAAUAAAGAAAUAGGCUUUUGUCAAGCCAAUUCUCCAGUCAUUUGACGGCGAACUUUGAUCAAAGCCAAGCUCCCGUGUCUUUCGUCGCCUGGUUGCAAAUAUUGCGCAGCCCGUCAUAGCCAGAGGAGAAAUUUGUGUGAUUCUGUCACACAAAGAGGGAGGAGAGCUAGGGCACAGAGGCUAAGGUACAGUACCUCAUUCUGGGAAAAAAUCCUAGAAAAUGACAGGAUUAUUUGCUUAACUGAAGUUUUAGUGGACUAGAAUUAUUGGUUUUCCGAGCAGUUUAACCCUCAAGCACAUGGUCAAGUCUACAAAAAUGGCUAUUGGUUGCAGUUGUAGCCGUUCUAGGACUGCAGAGCAGAUGUGCCGUCAGCAAUCAAGGGUUUGUUUAACUGCUGCGGAGGAACUUGCAGCUGAAGAAAGUCUUUCCAUCUACUGCAAACCUGUUGAAUUCUAUAACAUCCUUCAACGCAGGGCCAUUAGAAAGCCAUCAUUUUUGCAGAGAUGUUUACAGUACAAGAUACAAGCUAAACACAAAAGAAGAAUCAAAGUAAUUAUAUCACUACCUGGAAAUAUGAAUUCUGAACAACAGCAGCGGAACCUUUUUCCUCUGUAUGUGAUAUUAGUUAGACCUAUUGCUAAUAUUACCAUUGGAGAGCAUGCGGCAGUUUAUGGCGUUUGUCGGUCUCACAUAUUGUCUUCUUUCUAUGAAUAUGGAAAGAAAGAGACUGAAGCUACUUUUGUCAUUCCUGAGAUUAAGAAGCUGUCCACUGCCCGUGGUGCUAGUCUGAACAUGGUUAUUGUCAGCAUUGGGGAAGCUCAAGGUUCUUCUGAUGAGAACCAUCUGCCAGAAGGUGGUGAGUGCCUUGCUAGUUUUCCAGCUAAACUCGAAGGUAAUUGUUUUUGGGGGAAAGUACCAAUCGAAUCCCUCUAUUCAUCUCUAGAGAAGUGUGUUACCUUAAGUUUGGGACACAGAUCUGAGAUGAUUUCCGCCAUAGAUAUGCACCCUAGUUCAUUGAAGUCUAGUUUCUUGGACCAACACAAUUGUUUGAAUUUUAAAAACCAUAAUAUUGAUUCUCUGAGUUCGUACAAAAUUCAAGUUAGUUUGUGCGCUCAAGAGGUAGGAGCUAGAGAGAGGUCACCUUACGAUUCUUAUACUUAUAAUGAUGUUCCUGCAUCAACAUUACCUCACAUUAUCAGGUUGAGGUCUGGCAAUGUUCUCUUUAAUUAUAGGUAUUAUAACAACAAGCUGCAAAAAACUGAAGUUACUGAGGAUUUCUCCUGUCCAUUUUGCUUGGUGCAAUGUUCCAGCUUCAUGGGUCUUAGGUAUCACUUGUGUACAUGUCAUGACUUAUUCAAUUUUGAAUUCUGGAUUGAGUUUUUACAGGUAACUGAGGAGUAUCAAGCAGUAAAUGUUUCAGUUAGGACAGAUAUUUCACGAUCCGAGGCCCUCUUAGAUGGUGUUGAUCCAAGGCUGCAGACUUUUUCUUACUGCUCAAAAUUCAGGAGGCGAAAGCGAUUGAAAAACCUUGCUAAGAAUGUAAAUCAUGUUCAUCCCCAAGUUUUGGAGCUAGAUUCUCCUGAAGGAGCAAUGGAAGGUUCUGAUGAUGGUUAUUUGCAGAAAGGCAUGGACUUAUCUUCUUCCUGUAGGCCCAUAUCAUAUCCUGGUGUUGCCGAGCUUCCAAAUGGAUUUAGUGCAUCAGACGGAAGCUCUUACAAACUUGAUGAAAAGGUUGAAAAAUCCUUGUAUGGGGAUGCCCAGUUGCUAUCAACAAGGCAGAAAUCUGAAAGUUAUGGUUCGGAGAAUCAACAUGUUGUAGAGUGUAUAGAACGUAUGACCUCCAGUCCUGAUACUGCUACAUUCUGUGUGGCUACUGCUCAGGCUUCUACAAGUAAUGACUGUGCUCAUCUAUUGUCUGGAAGCAACUUAUUGCCUUCCACAAUGUUGCAAUUUGCAAAGACUCGCAGACUUUCUGUCGAAAGAGCUGAUCCUAGAAGUCGGGCUUUGUUGACAAAACGUCAAUUUUUUCAUUCACACAGAGCUCAGCCGAUGUCUUUGGAACAAGUAUUUUCUGAUCAUGACAGUGAAGAUGAAGUUGAUGACGACAUUGCUGAUUUUGAAGACAGAAGGAUGCUUGAUGAUUUUGUUGAUGUAACAAAAGAUGAAAAGCACAUUAUGCAUCUAUGGAAUUCUUUUGUAAGGAAACAAAGAGUGCUGGCGGAUGGUCACAUCCCAUGGGCAUGCGAGGCAUUUACACAGCUACAUGGGCAAGAUUUUAUUCAAGCACCAGCUUUACUUUGGUGCUGGAGGUUGUUUAUGAUUAAACUAUGGAAUCAUAGUCUACUGGAUUCUCGUACCAUGAACAAUUGUAACAUAAUUCUUGAGAAGCAUCGGAAAGAAAGCUCGGAUAUUAAGCCUAAUUGAAGGUGCCAUUUCGCUCGCAUGAAGCGUUCCUUCACCCGAGUCAUUUUAGUACUCAAGCCCCGGCCCCAUGGAAUCUUUGGGCUGGUCGUUCAAUCGUGUCAUUCUUUAUACACAUUAUAGUCUGGUUAAAAUUGUUUUUCUUUAUAUAGAUUCUACUAUUUUUUCCAUUCAUAAUAUAAGCGGUGGAAACGAUUAAUACUACAUACAUUUGUAUUUAUUUAAAGAUGCUAUAUCUUAUUUUUUUGUCCCAAUUUUAAUGC